AUGUGUUUGCGUGCCAUGAUAAGAGUUGAAAGCAAAGAGAUUGGAAAAGUUCAUGAUAAGACGCUAUUGAUUGAGGCAAAGAUCUCACACAAAGAUCUAGAAGUUAGGGCUCGAUCGUGGCGGCAGUUUCCAUUUUCGGAAAGGAUGUCCAAAAGAACACUCGACGCAUAUUUGAAACCCGUCCGGUCAUCUACAGACACGUCUUCAUCCAAAAAGCUCAAAGAGACGACGGCAACCACGGCGGCAACAAGGACAUCAGUAGUAGAUGCAACAGAUAUAAAAGAAAACACAGCGGCCUCAAAGAUAUCACGCAAUGAAACCAAGCCACCAGAUUACACAGCAGACACGCAUCCUUCCUACCCAGUCCCCAUCACCGCAAUUCGACCUCACAUCUACACUGCCCUAAAAGCGACAACGCCCGCUCGUACACCGAAAGCAAUCAAUAAUCAACCCCACUUGGAUUUGUUAUACUACGAGCCGUUUAUACCACAACCUACAGCAGACGAAUACUUCCAAUUUCUGCGGCGAGAAUUACCAUUUUACCGUGUAAGAUACACCAUAAAGCGAGGACCAACCGAAACAGUCAUCAAUACGCCACGAUACACAACCGUCUUCGGCGUAGAUACCACAUCAUACUUCUCCCUGCCACCAGGCGAGAGGGAUUCUGACUGUAAAGACAAAGGCAAUCCGGAAGGCAAGCUGCUAUUCGACAGCAAAACUCACCAACCCAUCUCCAAGAACAAGUACAAGUGUACACCGCGUCCCAUCCCAUCCUGUCUAGACCACCUACGCAAAACCGUGGAAGCCACUUUGAACCACGGAACAAGCUACAAUUUUGUGCUAGUCAAUUAUUAUGCCUCUGGCGAUGAUAGUAUAUCCUAUCAUUCCGAUGACGAGCGGUUUUUGGGUCCAUUACCGAAUAUUGCUAGUUUGACAUUAGGUGCGAGAAGGGAUUUUCUGAUGAAACAUAAAGCUGUUGCCGGUGCAGCACCCAGAAAAGAUAAGCCGCUAAAACUACCGCUUGGAUCUGGUGAUUUGAUCAUUAUGAGAGGUGACACACAAUCGAAUUGGCUGCAUUCGAUACCGAAACGGAAGGGAGGAGAGUCUGGGAGUGGGAGGAUCAAUAUUACGCUUAGAAAAGCGGUUGUGCCGGGUGGGACGGAGAAUUAUUAUCGAUAUAAUGUUGGAGAUGGAGGGUUAUAUCGGUGGUCCGACAGUGCUAAGGAGAUGGUUUUGGCUGCUUGAAAAUCAGGUCUAGAUUUGCGGAGUGAUUGAUUGGGCACAGGAAAGCUUGUUCAAGAGCCAACUAGACUGAUUAGACACAUGAAGGAAAAAUGUGAAAGGCAUACCCUGGUGUAUGGCAGGCGAUUUGACAUUGACUAGUUAUAGUUAAAGCAGUAUACCUAACAAGAUAUAAGAAAUUGCCUGUAAACCCCCAAGGUCUCUUAGGAUUAUGGAGAGAAUUAGGGCUUUUUUGAAGCCCCAGGCAGCAG